AGUCGACCAGCACGUGAAUUCACAGCUGAUUUCCUGGCUUUUUGUUGCUGCUGCUGCUGCUGCUGCUUCUGCUGCUUCUGCUUCUGGCUGCUGCUGCUGUUGCUGCUGCUGUUGCUGUUGCCGCCGCCGCCGCCGCCGCCGCCACCGCCGCCACCGCCGCCGCCUUAGUUGCCACCGCUGCCCGGGUGCUGUGUCAGUUUUAGAUCUAGCUCCUUCAGCCGGGGGAUCCCCGACUGACCCUCGCUUGUCCCUGCUCCCGAUUCACCGGGACAAGUCGAAGAGGGGCUGCACGCUGCCAGCGCCGCCCCCAAGCGGCAGGGGGGCUUCUUCCCCUCCAGCUCGGACUGACGACCCGCGCGGAACCAGAACCUACCUCCCCGAAUCCGACCCCCAUCAUGGCACACUCUGCCCAGCUGAACAUCUUGGAGCAGAACUGUCCCAUCCAGGUGGAGCACGAUCGGAAGAGGAGGCAGUUCACGGUCAAGCUGAAUGGUUGUCAUGACCGGGCUGUCCUGCUCUACGAGUAUGUAGGGAAGAGAAUUGUGGACCUACAGCACACAGAAGUCCCUGAUGCCUAUCGAGGGAGGGGAAUAGCCAAGCACUUAGCCAAGGCUGCCCUGGACUUUGUAGUGGAGGAGAAUCUGAAAGCCCACCUGACCUGCUGGUACAUUCAGAAGUAUGUCAAGGAAAACCCAUUGCCCCAGUACCUGGAACGUUUGCAGCCUUAAUCCCAGCCCGGCCGAGCCCCAGCGGCUCACUUCUCCAGUCUCCCUCUUUCUUUGCCUCACCAGCACUCUGUUCCUGACUGUUUGACGCGGCCUUUGCUUCCGUGUGGUCUCAGGAAACAUCUUCCCCACCAGGAACAGACUCAGAAUUAUUUUUCUAAGGACACUCGGGCACCUCCUGGGGAAGCUGCCCUUCCUCAUGCUGUGGGGACCAACUGGCCACCAUGGGGUUCUCUCCUAGGUCCUUCCUUUCUGACCCUCCCGACUCUCUACCACAUCCUCAUGAGGGGCCAUUGAAAUGAGGGAGAGGUAACGUUCCUGUCGGGAUCGUGUUGUCUCCUUGUCCUGCCCGGAGAGGUACCCGGAGGAAGGAUUCGGGGCAGUGGUUUGGUUUGGCUUGGUUUGGGUUUUUUCCUCACCAUCCUUCAUCGCCUCCUGGGCCUUACUUAAGGACCUCACUUCCUUCCCUUUUGAGGUCUGGAAGCAAAAUGUUUGUCAACCACUGGAUUUUUGCCAGGGCGAGGGAGCCCAGUUGAGCCCUCCUUGCUGUACCUUCUCUAUGUUGUUGCAAAGGAAAACAGGGCAGAAGAUGGGAGGGCAGGGGAAGGAGUCCAAGGGAGAGAGACGGUGCUCUUCCUUCCCAGCCCUCAGGAAUAAAGGUCACCAGUGGUCAAAGGAAUACACCAGGAAUGGACUCAUCAAAGCAGGUUCUGGCCCACAUGUUGUCAGUGGGAGGAGGAGGACUUGGAUAUCUUACUGGCAUACACCAAUAAGCCACAGGAAUCAGGUGCACACCUUCAAUAAGCAGAGACCUUGGGCUUCACGUUAUACUGCUGUUAUUUGAUGAACUCAAGCCCAACAUGGUGGGUAUGAUGUGGGGAAAGGAGAUGAAGAGCAGAAUAGGAAGGGAAUAUUUCUGUGGCCAUCUUUAGAGCCAGCCUGGACCAGGCUUCCCAACCCCCACCAUGGGAGAGAAGCACAGGGCAGGAAGUUAACUUGACUCUGUCUUUAAAUUGAAGGACAAUUCUUGAUCCACUCUCUUCCAUAUUCAUUUGACUCCACAUGUUUUCCCCCCUUCAAAUAUGAUGGCUUGAAUCUAGGAGCAAUAAGCAGCACUAGUGAUUGGAGGGACCCUCUCCAUUGGCCUUGGUGCUCCAAAUCCCAGCUGCCACCCUUAUCCCCUAUUCCCUUUACAUUUCCCUUUUCUAGCCAUCUCAGAGACCAAAAGUGGGUGAAGCACAAGAGGCCAUUUCUCUUUCCAGGAUGAUGUAUGGGGUUUAUUUGAUAAAGGAAGAGAGGAAGGAAGGAAGGAAGGAAGGAAGGAAGGAAGAAAGAAAGGAAGGAAGGAAGAAAGAAAGAAAGAAAGAAAGAAAGAAAGAAAGAAAGAAAGAAAGAAAGAAAGAAAGAAAGAAAGAAAGAAAGAAAGAAAGAAAGAAAGAAAGAAAGAAAGAAAGAAAGAAAGAAAGAGUAGAUUGUGUUGGCUAAAGUCUAAGACUCUAUCCUGCAUUGUCAGACAAAUACAUGAUGCACCUAUGUGCACAAUCAUCCUAUAUCCUAAGCUCUGUCAAACUUCAGGGUUUGAUAGGAGUGCAUCUAAGCAGAUUGGGUGUAUGCUUCAAAGGAUCAUCACUUGUAUAGCCAGGGAUGAAGGAAGCAUUUUCCAUUCUAUGUGGUUGAUCUUGGGGUAAGACCUUAUAGUCUCUUUGUAUACUUUCCUUCCACCUUGUCCUAAAAUAAUCCCUGCUCCCUGCUCUUUCCCUUAUUAAGAGUACUGCUGCUGAGCAGUUGACAUCUACCCAUCUGCUACAAUUUCUCCUUAGCCAAUGUGGCAGCAGACUGUUGGUAUCACCUAACCUAGGACUAAGCAACCAGUUCUUUCUGAGAGACCAAACCCAGCAUCUUUGUGAGCCCUGCCCUUUGCAGAGCAUUAUCCUGCCCAAUUAAAAGAUGGGCCUUAGGACAGGAUGUUGUCCUGAUGAUUUGGAAAUAGUUGAGUGAAGAUGGGAGAAGGGAACAAUGUCAGAACCCAACUCCCACAUUAGAAUAUCACUCCCAAAUUUCCUUUGUCGUGAGACAUCAAUAAUCUGUGUUAAUGGACAGAACUGGGCUUCUGUCUGUCCUUCCACAGCCCCAGGCAGGUUAUUCAUUUAACAGUAUUUCUUGUCAGAAAAAGGAAUGGCCAACUCAUUCCAUUCCCCAACCUUGGUCAGAGUAGCACUCACAGAGAUCAAGUCUUCCCAUUUUAAACUCUUCUUUCUCCUCCCACACUUCUUUCUGGCUCAGUAUUAUAUCUUUGCCUUUUUCCUGGUUUGGGGCAGAAGAGGCAACUACAUCAGGAAAAAUACUGAUACGGAUGUGGUGGGAGAAUGGUGCUUACUUCUGUGAGAGACUCUCUCUCCUUGCACUAUCCAGUGAGGAAUUGUUCAGGAGCAUCUCCCAGAGGAAGGACCGUGGGGGCUUCAAGCUCUAGCUAAGUGAUUUAUUCUUCCAAAUGACAACUGAAACCAGACUUCUGACUCCCCAAGAUAAAGAGGAUGAUAGGCCUGGAUGAGAUGCCUACUAGUUCUUAUGCUAUCAAAAUGAGAUUUCUUGUGGGUAUUGAAUCCCCCGUGUGUAAGGAAAGAAGCCCAAGGUUGGCCUCUGUGCAGCUCUGUAUUAGUGAUUGGCAGGAUAUUUAUUGCCCUAAUGCAGAGUACUGGGAAGUUGGGGGAGGAGGAAAGAAGAGGCCAAGGAAAGGAUGCGUGAUGAUUUUUGUUUUAACAAGAGUCACUCACCCUCAUUGUGCCCUGAUUUAGUGGCUUAGGUCAGAAGAGGAGGUGCUAUGGUGGGGUGAGGGGAGCGCACAGACUGAGCCUUAGUGUUCAUGCUUCCUUCCUUUGUUUGGUCUGUGUUUAAAUUAAAAGGCAGGACUUUAGAGUCAUAUUUUCCAUUUGCCAAGGCACUGCCUUCGUUAGUCCUGGCAUUGCAGGGCCUCCUUCUUGACCUACAGAAAUUGCCCCCUCCUUCAGGGCCCGUAAAAGGAGACUCUGGAACCCAGUGGCCCUGGGGCUCAUCGGCUGUACAUGUUCAGUCCUAGGCUGGUGACAAAAACUGAGGUUUCCCCAAAGUAUAUCUACCAGGCUGCAACUGGUUAUAAGGGGGGGACAGCAGGCUUUGUGGCAAGGGUGCCAUAUUCCUAGCUGCUGCCCUUUCUUGUAUGUCUUUCUGUGGAAGAGCUCAUUCCAGGGCACAUCCUCCUCCUUGUCCCUUGCCUUCUAGGAAGUUGCAAGGAAGAAGCUACAGGGACACUCUACCCCUCUCUUACCCAGGUCUCCCCUCCACAUACCUCUGCAGGUCAUGAUAUGGCACUGCCUUUGGUGAGACAGACCUAGGACUGCCAGUGGGGUAUCCCUGAUUCUUCCUGUACAGGUUAGAGCCAGUUAGGGAAGACCAGAAAGCCCCUGGAAUUUUAAGUUGUGUUUAAAAGCUUUGAGUUGAUCAGGGAAGAAAGAGAGUGGUGCCGAGAGAGACUGAUUAAUUGGAAGCAGAGUUGAUUGCUGGGAUGUCUUCCUUUUCUCCCCCAUGCAAACACAAACACAUGUAUACUCACUCUCUCUCCUCUCCUUCUUCCUCUCUCUCUCUCUCUCUCUCUCUGUCUCUCUCUGUCUCUCUGACUCUGUCUCUGUCUGUCUCUCUGUCUGUCUCUGUCUCUCUCUCUCUGUCUCUGUCUCUGUGUCUGUCUCUCUCUCUGUUUCUCUCUGUCUGUCUGUCUCUGUCUCUCUCUCUUUGUCUCUCUCUCUCUGUCUCUGUCUCUCUCUGUGUCUGUCUCUCUCUCUGUCUGACUCUGUCUCUCUCUGUCUGUCUCUCUCUGUCUGACUCUAUCUCUGUCUCUCUGUCUCUCUUUGUCUCUCUGUCUCUGUCUCUCUGUCUCUGUCUCUGUCUCUGUCUCUGUCUCUCUCUCUCUCUCUCUCUCUCUCUCUCUCUCUGUCUCUCUGUCUGACUCUGACUCUGUCUCUGUCUCUGUCUCUCUGUCUCUCUCUGUCUCUGUCUCUCUCUGUCUCUCUGUCUCUCUCUGUCUCUCUUUCUCCCACCUCUCUCAAAUACAGUUUACAGAAAUGGUGCUUUCCAGGCUCAGGGUGGGAGGGAGUGUUGGGUUCAAGGCCCUUCAUUCCCUCCACUCUCACCGGCGCCUAGUGGGUAGCAGCCUCAGACAUGUUAAGCCAAUUUAAGAAGGAAGCAGCUUCCCCAGGAAUCUCCCUGGCAGCAAGACCUAGGGGGAAAUGGUGGUCAAGCAGGUACAUGUUCUUCCUCUCUUUCCUUUUUUCAACAGCUUCAUAGAACACCUUCCCCAAGCCCCCUCUUCACUCUCCCUUCCAAUUUUGUCGUCUGUGAUAAUGGGUAGCAGCAUACAAACUGUUCUUCCUCUCCAUGACAAAUCAGAGGGAGAGGUGAUUCUUCACCCCUCUCAGGGAGCUGGGGGGAUAUGAACUAGCACAAGAAAUUGGGGUAGCUACCUGCAAGACUUUGUCCUGAGUAUCCACUCCACCUCCCCUUACUCUGACAAUGGCUGCAAGCUGGUCCAGAGUCCCAGAACAAUGAGAUCAUUUGAGUUGGCAAAGCUGAGGGAAUAGGCUGAGGUUUGCCACACAUCUUUGCAUUUAAUCCCUGUUCUUUGAUAACUUAAACCUAAGCUGACACCCUGUGCUCCAACAGUGACUGUCCAAGGAUGCUUUUUUUUUUUUUGAAUGUGGACACAAUUGGGUACAGCUGGGUGACUCAGUGGAUUGAGAGCCAAACCUGGAGACAGGAGAUUCUGGCUUCAAAUCUGACCUCAGACACUUCCUAGCUGUGUGACCCUGGGCAAGUCACUUAACUCACAUUGCCUUUCCCUUACUGCUCUUCUGCCUUUGAUUCAAUACUUAGUUUUGAUUCAAAGACAGAAGGGAAGGAUUAUUUGUUUGUUUUUUGAUAGAGAAAAAAAAAACCCAACCCUUCUACUUGAAUAGACAUGAGGGUAGUUCUAUCUGACACCCACAAGGGCUAGGUCUUCUUGAGUCACUUGGGUCCCCAGCCUGCCAAAUACUGGCAGGCACCUCUAGGAUUUUGUCUUCAUAGAUGAGUUUUGCCUUGAAUGUCUGCUGAUGAAACCUUCAGCUUUCCUAGUACUCAUUUUCAAGGAGGGCUCCCUGCCUUAAAGCAAAUCUGGAGUAUUCCUGGCAUGGUGGGCUCCUGCCCAGCAUUUCUAUGACCAUCUUGUGCCAAGAGGAAGCUUACAAUGGAGCUAGUGCCCAACCUGUGUGCUACCACCUUUCAAGGGGUGCAUUCAAGGAUGAUUCUUCCCAUAGGUUUUGAUUUUGCAAAUGUCUGCAGGACAGCUGCUUGCACUUCUUCAGCCCUCCCCUUCCUUUCUUAACAGUCAGGUAUGGAGAAUUAGAUCCAAUUUCUCUAAGAGCAAAGGGAGGCAAAGAAGACUAAACCAUAAAAUCAGUCGUGGGCCUAGGGUUCAUUUCCUUGUCUCUCCAGCCCUUCUGUAGCUACUCACUCCGUUCUGGGGUGUCGUUUUCCUUUCAAACUGGAGUGGCUGCCUUGAAGGGAAAGUGGGGAGCGGGAAUGGCUGACUCACACUCAUCUCAGGAGCCACUGGAUCAUGUUUAUUUGAGAUAUUUCUCCAAGGAUUAUUUCCUCUUCCUCAAAUAAACUCAUCUCUAAUAAGUACGUAGCUACAGGCCCCCAGUCUCUUUAUGCUGGCAAAAUCCAAAUUGAGUUGGUAAACCUCUGUGAUUUAGCUGGCUUCCGAGUCUGGCCCCCUUCCUCCUAGGCUUCUACUAUGCAUUCAAAUAAAGCAGAACUAACAUUUGACAAGUGGCAGGUUUUAAUAUACUUUUAAGGGCACAGUUUUAAAAGUACCACUUAGAGAGAUGACUCUUAACACAGACUGCUUAGUCUGUAGCAAAGAGGGGCUCUUCCUUGCCCCAUCUCUCCCCAUCCUCCAUCAAGAAGCAUUAAGCGCUUACACUCUGCAAAUAGGCACAAGGAGUGGAUGAAGGCAGAUAAGGAAGACUUGGGGCUAUCUCGCUCAUCACUCACAACCCCCACAUCCCACCUGCUGCCCCCCACCAAGUGGUUCCUGUCCAGCGGGGUACGGCAGCCCCCAGGAUUGUGGGAGGGCGUAGCAAUCCUCGUAGCCCACUCGGGCUGUCCAGGGCUGGCUCCUGUACUGGAAUGUAGCAUGAAGAUUCCCAGCUUGCCUCACCUUCUAGGAGCCAUGAACCCUUCACUCUCCCCAGCCAGUGAGAAUAGGAAGAGGCCCCAGUCUAGAUCCAAAGCUCUGGUGUUCAAAGGAACGUGUUGGCCUCCAGAAGGAAAUUAAUUGCUUCAAGCACACAGAAUCAUUCUUGAUGUAGAACUUCUUUUUGCUAAAGUCAUUGUCACCUUCCGGGGCCAGAGACCAACAGCAACUCUUCCCUAAGCUCUGAGGUUUCUGAAAGGGGAGGCUGGCCCCCCUGAAAAGGGCACCCCCAGCAAACACCCACAAAUCUUCCUGCCUGAGUCCUUCCCCCCCUUUACAUUUAGGUCAACAGAUAGAAGGUGAAAUUGGGGGAAAGAUGUUUUCUAGGCAAAGACUACGCACAGGAGACAUGGAAGAAUGUCAUGUUCCCACGCUUCCUGGGGUACCUGGACCUCCUCAGUCUGCUUCCUUCCCCUUAGCCCACUUGGGAGCCCAAUGUAGGCGAACCUACCUUACCUCACAAACCCUAGUUAGUGACUAUUGCUGGAAAUCCUCACCACCCUCUCUCUCCCUUUGUGGCUGCCCCUUGGGGCUCUGGCUAAAGCUUGCAAAUCUUCGGUGCUGAAUUCUUUUCUGCCUUUUCUACUGCCAGCAUUUACCCUUCUCGACUUGUCCUUAGAGUCCUGGAAAGGCCCAGGGGGAAGGGUUGGAGUUGAGCUUCCAAAAUACUUGGACACAUUCUUCAUUGGUUUUAGGUGGAAGGUCAGGUAAGGUCAGGCUCCCUUUAUGUCAGGGAUCAAAGCUGACUUAGCUCAGAAUGAGAUGAAAGGGGAAAAUUAUAGGGGAGAAAACAAAGGUUACCCCCUAAAGUUUUUUUCCAAGACAAACUCACUUGAAAUUUUUUUUUUUUAGUGUCUCAACCUGGUGUGUUUCCCUUUGUGCCCUGGUUUCUUUUGUUCUGUUGAAUUAAGUGGUCAAUCAUGUGCCUUUCCUACUCAGGACCUGUGACCCAUGACCUUUUGGCUAUGACUGGUUCUUUUGCCCUCCCUCUUUGUCAUUAUUAAAAGUUAUAAGCGUUAUUGCAUGAAUACAAUUUAAUAAAAAGGUGUGAUUUAAUUGUG